UGGCCAAUCAGAAGCUUGAUGCCGACUUGCCGUGUAUGUCUCAGGGUGGCGUUAGGUGGCUCAUUUCUUCAGAGGAGAAUACGGUGUUGUUAUUCAAGAUGCAGUUCAUGCUUCUGUUCAGUCGACAAGGAAAGCUCCGGCUUCAGAAGUGGUACGUGCCUUUGUCUGAUAAGGAGAAAAAGAAGAUCACCAGAGAGUUGGUGCAGACGGUCCUGGCUCGAAAGCCCAAAAUGUGCAGCUUUCUGGAGUGGAGAGACCUCAAGAUUGUAUAUAAGAGAUAUGCCAGCCUGUACUUCUGCUGUGCCAUAGAGGACCAGGACAAUGAGCUCAUCACACUGGAGAUCAUCCACAGAUAUGUGGAGCUGCUGGACAAAUACUUCGGCAGUGUUUGUGAGCUGGACAUUAUUUUCAAUUUUGAGAAGGCAUACUUCAUCCUGGAUGAAUUCCUGUUGGGUGGGGAAGCUCAGGAAACGUCCAAAAAGAAUGUACUGAAGGCCAUUGAGCAGGCUGACCUGCUACAGGAGGACGCAGAGACCCCUCGCAGCGUGCUGGAGGAAAUUGGACUGACAUAAACAUGCUCCUCUUCCUCCUCCUCGUCACCAUCAUCCACUUGCCACACUGUCCUUCAUCUGCCAGUUCCUCUGCUGUAUGUAGCUGAUAACAACUCCCACAUUUGAGCACAUUCAAUCACACACACACACACUGCCUUUGUUUUCUACUUUUUUUUCCCCCUGAAACAAACAAUGUAGCACUGUUUGGUUAUUUCCUACUGAGUUAUUUAUUUGUUCAGUGUGAUGACGUUAACUGUUACCAAGGAAAAAUGCAGCAUAAUUAAGGUUUUUAUUGUUUGCUGCUUUCCAGUCCACAACAGGACGCUGUAGUGUGUGAACUGCUUGAUUCUGAUUUGACCAAAGCUGAUGAGAUCACUCUAUAUUCAUAUAUUUAAUGAACUGAAUUUCAAAUGUGUUACACGUAUAGGAUAUUGUAAGUGGAAGUCAAAAGUAUUACAUUAACAAAACCAAAGAGUUAUGUUUCAUCUCGCCACUGUUUCUUUAAUAUUGUGAUUAUCAAUGACAGUUUCAAACUCAGCAUAUUCGGCAUUUGAAAAAUACCUGCUGUACUUCCACCGUGGUGCACCACGGCAGCGUGAGGUGAAAUGACGGUGGAUGAACUGGCUUAAGACAGAAAAUGUUGUGUCAUAUAAUGAGUAUUCUCUCAGUUUACAAGCUGUUAUCAUUCCUGUGGUCUCAUUGUUUGUUUUGUUUCUAAUGGCAGGAUCCCAUUUAAUAUUGAAUGCCUUAACUGCUGACGUAUGUCCAUUCAUUUAAAAUGAAAGAAUAUGUUACUGUUCCAUAACUUAACUACAUCUGCAACCACUGUGGUGUAAAUGGUGUAAGUGGUAAAUACACUGGGUUUUCUUUAUUCAUGAAAUGUGUGCAAGAGCUAAAAUGACUGUUCUCUAUUGUGCUUCUUGAUUUUUUUAAUAUUUCACUGAAUCAAAGAUGUUCCACUCACUUCAGAUGUCUAAUCAUUGUUUACGCCACAUUUAAGAUUCAAGAUUUUCACUUAAAGCUGCAUUGACCCAUUUUUGUCCACAAGGUGGCAGAACUCCUGCAGAAAUGCAGCAUUCCUGCUCUUUAAGCUCUAGUUUGAUCUCCACCAGCUUCUGAGAAACGUGUCUGGAUCUGAACCUGCUAAAUGUUUGGUUUUCCUCUCAGCUGCUCACUGAGCAGGAGGUGCACAGAUGGUUUAGCACAGCUUAUUUGCUGCAAACAGUUACCUGCUGCUGCUGCUGGGAAUGUGGAUGAUGGCAAGACUCAACCAUGUAAUAAAUGUGUGUGUGUUAAAGGGACAGUUCACCCCAAAACCAAAAAACACCUUUUUUCCCCUAUUACCUGUAGUGUAAUUUAUCCAUCUGGAUUGUUUUGGUGUGAGUUGCUGAGUUUUGGAGAUUAGCUGUAGAGAUGUUUGCCUUCUCUCAAAUAUGAUGGAACUGCACUGCAUAAAAACACUAAACAGCAACGUCUCUCUCCUGACAUCAUGAUCCAGUUACUCAAGAUAAUCCACAGGCCUUAUUGUGAGCGGAUUCAUGUGGGAACUAUUUUCUCUCGACUGAAAAACACCCGCCAACCGUAUCACUGUGCAGAAGGAAGCGUGCAUCUACCCCCUAACCCAGUCUGACAUUGCUAUCUCGUGGAGAUUAGUUUAUAGCUGACCAAUACUGCGAGCUAGCGUCAGAGCUCAGCUGAGGACGACGCCUAUGAUUAGAUCCAUGGUUCCUUCUGCGCAGUGAUACGGUUGGCAGGUUUACUCCAGUAGACAGAAAAUAGUUCCUACAUGAAACAGACAUUACUGCUGACUGUGUUUUUUUGGCACAUCUCUACAGCCGAUAUCUCCAGAACGCAGUAACUCACAACAAAACAAUCUAGAUGGAUAAAUAGCAUUAAAGGUAAGGGGGGAAAUGGAUUUUGGGGUGAACUUUCCCUUUAAACCAAAACAAGUUAAAAGAGGCUUAAAAAAAGAGCUCCAGUUUUGGGUUCCUGUUUACACGCCACCCUUUUCUCAUGUACAUUUAACGUAAUUCACAUUAUGUCAGAGGAAUAUGUUAUAAUGUUAAGUGAAAAACAAAUAAAUGCAGCUUUAACUGAAGAUCAGAAAUGCAAAUGCAUGAUGGGAUAGUUGUGAUUUAAGGAGGUGGGACAGGAGUUUUUGAAGAGGGAUGAAAUGGGAGCAAACUACAAAUCACUGCUUCCCUCUUUGUCGAGACUCUCGUAAAACGUGUCGAUACCAGCGACAAACCUGUGAGAUUCAAACAGACGUCUGACCAGUUUAAAGCCGAGGCUUGACCACAACGCAGUUUACUCUUAAAAAGCCGUUUCACUGUCUGCCCACAUUCAUGAUUUACUGUAAAAAAACAGGUGACAACUUGUACACUACCUAUUUACUACUGUGACUCUGGAUUAAAAAAACUGUGCUAAAGAGACCACGCAUUAAAUAGCAAUAGUGUCAUAAACCGUAGCAGAGUAUUAAGAUUUUCUUGUUCUUUUUUUAUGAGCCAAAACUAAAAGUAGUUUGGAGCCACUUGGUUGAAAAAGGAACACACGUAAAAUGCCUUGGACACAGGACUGUACAAAUAUCAUAAAAGACCAUUCUUCCUUAGUUCUGUUUGAUGUUAAUGUUGCACAUUUUAAGAAAAGCUGGUAUUGCUGUUUAAACCAAAACUGUGUUUAAAAUAGAUUUUUUUUCACACUGUCUUUUGCGGUUUUCCAGUUUGCAACUUAUUCUGUACAGUCGCCACUGUUUGACAUGUUGAAAUAUUGAAAUACCCUCCUGCUACCACUUUUAUAUAAAUUCAAACAAGCAUUUUCAUGUCUAAUUUAUUCUGUAGAUAUGCUGUAUCUCAGAAGUGUGAUAGAAUCUAUGGAAUUCUCUACUGUGUGUUGUGAGUACAGUAGUUAUAGCAUGAGUGCCCCCUCUGUAUUACAUUACUGGACUUGUGUUUCCUUACAGAGAGGAGACACUGUGUCGUUUACUGCUGCAGUGUCUGAAAUGGACAAAAGGAGGAAGGUUGUGUUUUCCUGUCGGGUUCAGCAAUAAAGAGUUCUCUAGUGGCAGAGAGGCUGCACUGCCACAAAUUGCUGGUUUCCUUUCAUUUUACUCUCCACCGGUCACCCUCUGCACACGGGGAGGAAGCAGCCCAGCUUUGAUGAUAAAAAGUGGCGUUACACAUUGACUAAGACAUGUAAAAAUAAGCUCAAGUUUGGUUUUAAAUGGUUUUUUAAUGUAUCUGAUGCAGAACUGCAUCCAAAAACAACCCAUAUGCAAACUUAACAGAAUCAGAGGCACCGGCAAGAAAAGAAUCAACACUUUUUACAUGAGAAUAAAUGUUUUAUAGGUUUAAUAAGAAUUUAAAAAAACACUACAUUGAAGUUUGCAUAUACAGUAAGUGUGAACACAAAAGACAAUGGAUUUUGGGCGUGUGUUCCUGAAUCACUUCUGGUGUAAACAGGAGGAACACAAAGUUUGUUUGGACUGGCACAAAGCAUUCGAUCACAGAUAAAACACAUGUUCAGUCAUUUAUUUUAUCAUUUGGGUGAAAUACACAGGACCCAAAGGUCCUAACAGGUGUGAUGUACACUGUGUAAUGCAUUCUGUACCAUCAUGAACAGUUAAAGGAUUUUAAAAGUUAGAUUAACAGAGGCUGCCACAGCCUCAUUUCUCCUUAUAAAAAUGGGUUGGCUCAGUUAUAAGAUAAAAGUUUGUUCAAAAAUAUAUUUUACUGGUCACAUGAAAUCCUGUGGAGCUGACAGAAACGGUCAUCUGACUUGGUUCAUGUUAUUUCUGCAGCUGGCAUCAGUAAAGAGAGAAAGAUUUCAUACUUUAUACUGAACCUUUGAUUUUAACAGGUAGUAUUUGUUCAGCCGUUACAUGGACGUUUUAAUGAGGGUGAACUUGAAACAAUCAGGAUGGCAUUUGUGCUUGAAAUGUAUCUUUAAAGCAAGACUAUGCAACUUUUGUAAGAAGACGUAGCACUUUGUUCCUCUUACAAA